GCGAGCCAGUACGCCAGUCAUUACGCCGUUCUAUGCCGGUCCGACGAGGUCGUAUGUUAUCUCUCACUCUCCGAACACUCGACAAGCGGAAUGUAGACCAGAAUAAAACCGCCAGCCAGUACGCCAGAGCCAUUACACCGUUCUAUGCCGGUCCGACGAGGUCGUAUGUUAUCUCUCAUUUCGAUACUAAAAAGACUUUGGUCAGCAGUCCUGCGUCUUACGAAGAUCGGUUACCCGGCAAAGGGGAAUUCCGGCGUUGCCCUGCACCGCAACUAUCUCCGACACCCUAGAGUAAGUUAUCAUCCCGUAGUGUAGAGCACAACCAGCAUCUACUUAAAGACCUGACCCACAGUCGGGUCUUUUUGAAAUCCUUUUGAUGAUGUGAUGACCUCCAGUAUCCUCACAUCCUGUUGGUUAGGGGAUCCAAUAAAAGAAUCCUAGACUGCACCGAGUUGUCCUUUUGUCAUAAAAAAUGCACCCGGUUUCAGAACCAUGUUCAUUUAUUCUGGAUUUCUUUUUUUUCUUUUUUUUAAUGUUACUUGAGUUGGUAUGGGUUUUAUCCGUAAUAAUAUGUUUUUAUAUGAAUUUUAACUUUAUUCAUUAUGAUGUUACAUGCAAAUUCAUCGGUUUCAUUUUGCCCAAAUCGACUAUGUACGGUGAGCACGUGGUUAUUAUUCAGCAAAGAACAUUCAAGUUUGGAUGUUGGUUGUGGAGUUAAAAUGCAUUGUGAUAAUUGGAGGGCUAGUUGAAUUUGAGAAGGACCAGUAAGAGUUUUCUUCAACUGGCCCUGCUGGCGACCAUGGUUGUUAUGUUAAUUUUCAACCCUGCAUUUAUAGGGAUACUAUUAUAUUGAUAUUGUCCAUGUAAACUGAAGACGUGAACAGAAAUUAACCUGCUAUGGUUCUGAAAACUGGGGACUUUCAAGCAUAUAUGGUGCAUACAAAUCGGGUUAGGUAAAUGCCUCAUUUGUAUGCACAUUGCAACCACAGUCUGUAUAUUAAUGCACCCUAUUUGCAUGCACAAUACGAAAGCAAUAUAUUUAUAAGUCCCCCAUACCAAAGCAAUGUCUGUAAGUCCCCGAUUUGUAUGUACCAUAUCAGAGCAAUAUGUGUGAAGGUUCUUAGUUGUACGUACCGUAUCACAGCAAUAUCUGUGCAGGUUCUGAGUUCUAUGUAUCGUAUCACAGCAAUAUGUGUGCAGGUUCUUAGUUGUACGUACCGUAUCACAGCAAUAUCUGUGCAGGUUCUGAGUUCUAUGUAUCGUAUCACAGCAAUAUGUGUGAAGGUUCUUAGUUGUACGUACCGUAUCACAGCAAUAUCUGUGCAGGUUCUGAGUUCUAUGUAUCGUAUCACAGCAAUAUGUGUGCAGGUUCUUAGUUGUAUGUACCGUAUCACAGCAAUAUGUGUGAGGGUUCUUAGUUGUAUGUACCGUAUCAGAGCAAUGUGUGUGAAGGUUCUUAGUUGUAUGUACCGUAUCAUAGCAAUGUGUGUGAAUGUUCUGAGUUGUAUGUACCAUAUCACAGCAAUAUGUGUGACUGUUCUGAGUUGUAUGUACCGUAUCACAGCAAUAUGUGUGAAGGUUCUUAGUUGUAUGUACCGUAUCACAGCAAUAUGUGUGAAGGUUCUGAAUUGUAUGUACCGUAUUACAGCAAUAUGUGUGAAGGUUCUGAGUUGUAUGUACCGUAUCAAACCAAUAUGUGUGAAGAUUCUUAGUUGUAUGUACCGUAUCACAGCAAUGUGUGUGAUGGUUCUGAAUUGUAUGUACCGUAUUACAGCAAUGUGUGUGAAGGUUCUUAGUUGUAUGUACCGUAUCAGAGCAAUGUGUGUGAAGGUUCUUAGUUGUAUGUACCGUAUCAUAGCAAUGUGUGUGAAUGUUCUGAGUUGUAUGUACCAUAUCACAGCAAUAUGUGUGACUGUUCUGAGUUGUAUGUACCGUAUCACAGCAAUAUGUGUGAAGGUUCUGAGUUGUAUGUACCGUAUCACAGCAAUAUGUGUGAAGGUUCUUAGUUGUAUGUACCGUAUCACAGCAAUAUGUGUGAAGGUUCUGAAUUGUAUGUACCGUAUUACAGCAAUAUGUGUGAAGGUUCUGAGUUGUAUGUACCGUAUCAAACCAAUAUGUGUGAAGAUUCUUAGUUGUAUGUACCGUAUCACAGCAAUGUGUGUGAUGGUUCUGAAUUGUAUGUACCGUAUUACAGCAAUGUGUGUGAAGGUUCUUAGUUGUAUGUACCGUAUCACAGCAAUGUAUGUGUGGAUUCUGAAUUGUAUGUACCGUAUCACAGCAAUGUGUGUGAAGGUUCUGAAUUGUAUGUACCGUAUCACAGCAAUGUGUGUGAAGGUUCUUAGUUGUAUGUACCGUAUCACAGCAAUGUGUGUGAAGGUUCUUAGUUGUAUGUACCGUAUCAAAGCAAUAUGUAUAUGUGCAAAUCCUUGAUUUCUAUACACAACACCAAAUUCGAACGUCAAAACUUUUGCCAUAAUAAAAUAUGUAUCUCUGCACUAAUCAGUCAGCGUGGCAUUCUGUGUGAAACAAAUGACUCUUGGGACUCACUUUUCAGAUUUCAAUGAAAUGUGGUACACUUACAGUAGCCAGUAAGAAAACAAACAUUUUAUACGCGCUUGUGUGUGCGUGUGUGUGUAAAUAUUAAUUGAAAAAAACGAAAUCUGUCAUCUAUGGCAUCAUAUUAAAUGUAUUUCUAGAUGAUAGGAAAUCGCGUUUGGCGCCAUCUAAAGAUAAACCAAAUAACUUCCGGUCAAAGUUCGAGGUGCACCGAACGUUUGAUAGAGACGUUAACACCACAUGUCCUGUGAUUGGUUAUAAAUGACAGUGUGUUGGUUGUAAAAAAAAACCCAAAUGUUUCAUCUGGACUAAACAUGUAAGCAAUUUUAUUUCAUCUAAUACCACUGUAUCAAGUAGCCUUGUGCUUGAAACAAGUAUGGUGUACCUGUAAAACAAGUACUAAAAGUUCGUGCGAAACUGGGGGUGUUGUAAAAACAUCUAGUUAUGCCAAAAAAUUAGCCACGAAAGGUACCAUUUCUUCAGUUAAUACUUUGAGGUAGGCGUUGUAGUACUGAUAUUUAUAGGUCAUAGUUUGAUUGAUAUAUUGCAUAUAGUGUUUUUAAAUACAAACGUUAACAUGGUCUCCCAUGGGAUUUUAUUUGGUAUAGUACAACCUCAUGCCCUAAGUAUCUCGCCGCCUCCCAUCGCACUUCACAAGUCCGAACCAAGACUGAAUAUGUAAUUAAUAAUAUGUAUGACCUAACAGCUGUAUAUCUCUUGUGCGCAAACUAUACACAGAAAUUGUUCCAUGAUAAAACAAAAAAACAUACAAUAUACAUAGAUCAGUGUUCAUUGUAUAGACAUUAGAAAUAUGUUGGACCAGCAUAUCUUGCAACAACUCUCUCUCUCUCUCUCUCUCUCUCUCUCUCUCUCUCUCUCUCUCUCUCUCUAUAUCUAUAUAUAUAUAUAUAUAUAUAUAUAUAUAUAUAUA